AUGGGCGACCUCCUGACCAAACUCAAGCGAAUACUGAGUCUCAAGGCACUCCGUCAACGAUUAUCAGACGCCGGAUGGGUCCUAGCCGCCAAGCAAGAUCUGGAUGAUACUUAUGGUUUUCCUCAGGGUCGAUAUGCGGGCCAGGGGUAUGAUGACUACAACUUUCCUCCGUCCAGGUGGGCGGGACAGGGGUAUCAGCGGGGAUAG